AUGUCCCCGAAACAGGAAAGGUUUGGUAGUGAGAUUGAUUCCGAGGCCGAAACAGAGCGCAUUGAGGAUUCCCCAAGUCGCCUUCGCAACCGCUCAAGCAUCGUAUUGAGUGCCACGGCAUACGGUGCCAGUCCAAGCAAGCUUGCACAGUCGACUACGUACGACGAUCUUGACGAAGAUGACGCUGUCGAGACUGAGGCUUCUCCUAGUAAACCUCCACGAGAUACAAGAGUCAACGGAAUUACCAAUAACUCUAAGAGGACUGCAGCAGACCCGGCCGGCUUGUCGACCGCGUCACGCGAAUUAAUUGGUAAGAAAAGAAAGCGCGGAGACUCUGCCGUUAAUGGAACAGAGGAAAUAGACAACGAAGAGCCGUUACGGAAGCGCCGAGGUUCACCAUCAGGCGACGCAGCUGGAUUGGAAACAGAACAGGAGGCUGCGGCUGAUGAGGCGGAAAUGGAGUCGAAGGAGAAGGAGCCUUUGUCAACUGAUGAGGUUUCGCCGUUGAAUGAAGAACAACCUGAUGAUACUCGUCCCUCUGCCCUACGGGGAAAGAAGGGUAAAAAAGGAAAACGCAAAGGGAAAAAGUCCAGAGAUAUUUAUGAAGAGACAGGAGAGAAUGGACUAGGAGAUGAUAGCCAGGCAAAUGGCGACGAGCAGUUGCCGGAAGAUGAAGAUAACGGAGAGGUUAUCGAUGGAACUGAUGACCCCGAAGCGGCACUGAAGAUGGAAGAAUCGAUGAAAAAGACUACCGCCAUGGACGUACUUCUAAGUCUAGAGCGACAGUUCGCCUCUUUGCGCGAUAAGAUUUACGACGACCGGAUCGCAAGUAUAAAUGAGGAACUGGCCCAGCUUGAAAAGCCAAAUCCGACCCAUCCCGAAUUUCUUCGCCAGCUUCGGAUAAUUGAGCAUCACCGGGAUGAAAAAAUGGCAAUCGACGAGAAGCUAUUUGCAUAUAAGCUUAGGUCGCUGUGCAUUAAGAGUCAAGCCGAGCGCAGUCAAGUGAACAGCUCAUAUUACCAGAAUGUCCGCGAUAUCCGAGAACGGUACCUUCAAGAGAUUUCCGAACACCAUUAUCGAGUGCAACAAGACCGUUUCCAGACAAGCGAAACAAGCGUCGGAUACGGUAUUCCAUUUCCUACUCGGCGAGCGCAGCAAGCAGCACAGCAGGCAGCAUAUAGUGCGGAAGUUGGUAUUUUGGCAGGGACAGCGAAAUAUGUUGGAUUCCCAUCCGCCCCUGAUAUGAAGGGCCUACAACGUAACGAAAUUGAAGAAGAUUUUGGGAAAUUGGGGAUUUCCCUACGGCCCACAAACGUGAACUCAUUGCCACAUCCUCCUUUCUCACAGCAACAUGAUUACCCGAGCAUUCCAUCCGCUGCAGUUACACGGCAAGCUGCGGAAGAAGAAUUUAUAGAGCAAACACCAUGGGCAAAUCCGCAGCACCCAAUUCACGAGCAAUUUCGGCAUCAAAUGCAGCAGGGCAUAAUAUCUGACCAUCAAAGAUUUUCAAACCCAUUUUCUACGCCUGCUGCCCAACAACGGACGGUGGAUCUGCAUGCACCAAAUGGCUCUGCAUCGACGAUUCCAGAACAUCCGUCCGCCCCUAAUUCUUCUGCUGCGAAUACCCCCUAUGAUUAUGAACGUACCCGUCGAAAUUUGGGCACGGCCAUGGCAGUUGCUGAUCCAGCCGAUAGUCGCGGUGCAGAAGGUGACGAUUUGGAAAAACCUUCAACCUUCCGAUCUCUAUCCUCGUCGCCUCUAGAUGUACGGAGGCCUCAGCAGAAGCCCCCACCGAAACAGGAACCGACGCGGCGCUCCCCUGUCCCGACAUCUAUAGAACCAAUGGGCCCACCAAGCUCUAUCCGGGACCUCCCGUAUUCUCCGUCCUCGUCUUCAACUCUACGCGCUGGCCGAUUUGGAACGACGCCACGAGAAGAUCAGCUCUCUUCCUCGAGUUCCUCAGCCAGACAGAAACCUCAGAAUUUCAGCCCUAUCCACCAAUCUGCUGGUAUCACGGCUGGCGGUUCUGAAAAAGUUCGAAUGAACGGAUAG